AUGACUGCGGAGACGAAUGCUGCCACUCUUCGUACCCACGGCCAAAUACUCAUGAGGGCGACUGCUGUGUUGGCGCAAUUGAAAAGGGCCCGAAUGAAGACAGCUCUUGCUAUUCUAAGCCUUUCGAGAUUGAGCCGCAGUCCCGAAAGAGUCCCAACUGCUGCGAGCGGAGAUCUUUGCCUUGCUGCGAUUCCUUUUGUAUCGACCGACUUGCUCUCCGCAAGUGUACUGCUGAGUGAUUCUUGCUGUAGGCCACCGCGACUAUCUUCUCUGGAGAGUAAUCAGGCCAAAUCUCGUGCUCCAGCCAUGUCUUGCGCAUCUGCCAACUUUCACUGUGCGCCUAAGGCGGAUGCAUAUGGAUCUACCGCAAAGCCGCACCCCAGAUCUAGCAACGGAUGCCCCACUAUCAACAUUACCUCCUGCGCCGAUACUCACUGUGGUACCACGAAACUUUCAAUGAUCGAUGAUCUCACAAGAUGCACCGGCGCCUGUUGUGAUGAUAUGAAUUCUUUCCCUGCAGUAUGCGCCACUGCCUGCUGCAGUGAGAAGGAAGCAGAGACACAACAAAGGAAAAUCAGUCCCAAAUCAACGCCUAACGUCGACCUAGAAAUUGGCUUUUCUGGAGUGGAGCAUGUGGUCCUCAUCAUCUCAGGCAUGACUUGCACUGGAUGCGAAACCAAAUUAUCACGUACGUUGGCAAUACUUCCUGCAAUCACAAAUUUGAAGACUAGUCUGGUUCUUUCGCGGGCUGAGUUUGACCUCGACACUGGCACUACCUCUGUUGUCGAUACAAUCAAACAUCUGGAGAGAACGACCGAGUUUACGUGCGAGCGCAUCACUAAUCAAGGCUCCACUCUCGAUCUUAUUUAUGGUGUCAUCGACGUGAAAAUGGUGGACAAGAAGACCAUUCGUGUCAAUUUUGAUGCGAAGACCAUCGGCUCACGAGAUCUUGUCGAAAAGGGCUGGCCUUACAGUCUGCAACUCGCUCCACCUUGCGCCGAUCCUACCCUACACGCCAGUGCUAAUCAUGUCCGCAAGGUCGGAUAUAUGACCUUAUUAUCCAUAAUUUUGACCACUCCCGUUCUAGUACUGGCGUGGGCUCCACUUCCAAACAAAGAAAAGAGAAAGAUCCUGUUCAGUUCUAUUUCCCUUGCUCUCGCUACCAUCCUUCAAUUUGUGGUUGCGGGGCCUUUCUAUCUGAAAGCGCUGAAAGCAUUGAUCUUCUCAAGAGUAAUUGAGAUGGAUCUACUUAUCGUUUUGAGUACGAGUGCGGCAUACAUCUUCUCCGUCAUGGCGUUCGGCUAUCUGGUUGCGCAUAAGCCACUGUCCAGCCGCGAAUUCUUUGAAACUAGCACAUUGCUAGUUACGCUUAUCAUGAUCGGUCGCUAUGUUGCUGCAUUGGCACGGCAGAAGGCUAUCGAAUCCAUUUCAAUCCGCUCGUUGCAAACCUCGACCGCUACCAUCAUGGACAGAAAUGGAUUUGAGAAGGAGUUAGAUGCUAGACUACUUCAGUAUGGCGACGUUUUUAAAGUAUCUCCCGACUCUAGGAUUCCUACCGAUGGGACCGUCAUCUCUGGCUCUUCUGAGAUUGAUGAGUCUAUGCUGACUGGAGAAUCGAGGGCUGUCGAAAAGUUCAAGGGUUCAUCUGUCGUUGCUGGAUCUAUCAAUGGAUCAGGAGUGCUAAUUAUUCAACUCACUCGAGUUCCCGAUGACAACACCAUCAGUGCAAUUGCCGGAAUGGUCGACGAAGCAAAACUGUCUAAGCCGAAGAUUCAGGAAAUUGCUGACAAAGUGGCAGCCUACUUUGUUCCUGUUGUUGUCUCUAUCACAGUCGUUGUAUUCUGCAUCUGGAUCGCUGUUGGUAUCACCAUUCAGAAGAAGUCCGGACCCGAGACUGUUAUUCAAGCCAUUACAUAUGCUAUCACAGUACUGAUCGUGUCAUGCCCUUGCGCUAUUGGUCUUGCUGUCCCCAUGGUAAUUGUCGUUGCAACUGGUGUUGCUGCAGAGCGAGGCGUUAUUUUCAAAUCAGCUGGUACUAUCGAAAUCGCUUACAAGACCGCUCAUGUUGUUUUCGACAAAACCGGGACGCUGACUCAGGGCAAGCUUACUAUUGCUCAAGAAGAGUACCCCUGCACUUCUCCCAAUACAAAAGCUCUGCUAUUAGGCCUGAUAGAGGGCAACAAGCACCCGGUUUCCAUCGCAGUUGCAAGUCACCUUAGAACAAAAGGAGUCAUAGCCACGCCAAUACCCAACCCUCAGAACAUAGUCGGGAGAGGUGUGGAAGGCGCUUUUGCAGAUCGCACUCUCCGUGCAGGUAAUUCUAGGUGGCUCGGUUUUUCGGAUGACCCACUGGUCCAGUCCAUCAUAUCUCGGGGUUAUACUGCCUUUUGCUUUACGAUGGACGGUUCCCUCGCUGCCGUGUUCGGCCUGGAAGAUUCUCUGCGAGAGGAUACUCUUUCUACCAUCACAAGGCUUCAGCAACACCAGAUAACGGUUCAUAUUAUCUCCGGCGAUGAUGAUGGUGCCGUCCGAGCGGUCGCAUCUCGACUGCAGAUUCCUGAUUCCAAUGUGCGAUCUCGCUGCACUCCGGCAGAUAAGCAAUCUUACAUCAAGGACCUCCUCGCCACAUCUGACCCACACGGAUGGAGAAAGAAGGCGAGAGAGCCCGUUGUCAUGUUCUGUGGCGAUGGUACCAACGACGCUGUCGCUCUUGCCCAGGCCACUAUCGGCGUACAUAUGAACGAAGGCACCGACGUCGCUAAAUCUGCCGCAGAUGUUGUUCUUAUGCGACCGAGUCUUUCCGGUAUUCUCACCGCCAUAACUAUCAGCCGAAAAUCAAUCCAUCGAAUCGCCUUCAACUUUGGCUGGAGUUUUGUGUACAACAUGCUUGCUAUCCUGCUUGCUACCGGUGCCUUUGUGCAUGUCCACAUUCGGCCAGAGUUUGCAGGGCUAGGUGAGCUGAUUAGCGUUUGCCCAGUGAUUGCGGCAGGUGUUCUACUGAGGUGGGCAAGGAUUUAG